GCUGCUCCUGGAGAUUGCCGCUCCCCCUCCCCACCCCAUUUCAUUUUAAUGCUGCGGCCGGGCGUCGGGACUCGUUUGCGGGGGCGGAGGGAUACGCGCGCGAGGGCGUGAGGGCGACGAAGGUUCGCCUCCUGCCGUUGGGCAAGAGAGGAGCGGGGAGGGGGCGGCGACUCAGCCCGGGGCGGAAGGAGACGGACACCAGCCGAGAGCUGAAAGGUCGCAACACCAGGUCCCCUCCCCCCCGUCACCAUGGCUGACCAGCUGACAGAGGAGCAGAUUGCAGAAUUCAAGGAGGCCUUCUCCCUCUUCGACAAGGAUGGUGAUGGCACUAUCACCACCAAGGAGCUUGGCACUGUCAUGCGCUCCCUGGGGCAGAACCCCACAGAGGCUGAAUUACAAGACAUGAUCAAUGAAGUGGAUGCUGAUGGGAAUGGCACUAUUGACUUCCCAGAAUUCCUGACUAUGAUGGCCCGGAAAAUGAAGGACACAGACAGUGAGGAAGAGAUCCGCGAGGCCUUCCGGGUCUUUGACAAGGAUGGCAAUGGCUAUAUCAGCGCUGCAGAGCUGCGUCAUGUCAUGACCAACCUGGGUGAGAAGCUGACGGAUGAGGAAGUUGAUGAGAUGAUCCGAGAAGCUGACAUAGAUGGGGAUGGACAAGUCAAUUACGAAGAGUUUGUACAGAUGAUGACUGCCAAAUAGGAAGAGCGACUGUCGCCCCUCCCCUUCCCUGUACAGAACGGAAGGACUGCUUAUCAUAGAGAUCUCACCCAGCCCCUCCUGUCUGUGUGGCACUCAUGCUCCAUCAACGCUUUAGCGGUUUGUGGCCAUUCUUUGCCGUCUCCCCCUUAUUCUCCCCCCCCCCACAGGACUAUGUGAACCUUUGCCCCGCCCCGCCCCGCCCCUUCCCCACCAUGUUUACACGCUAGUGCCCGUGCAGGGUGCUGCUGGGACACGGGAGAGCUGGUUAGGGAGUGGUAAAGCGGUGCUAAGCUCCUUGCGUUGAGAAGCUGGAGGGUGGGAGCAGUGGGGGUUUUCCUCCCGCCUUAUUGGCUCCAUCCCUGUCUUGCACCUGCUCAUCUGUCCAAAGGCCACAUCUCAGCAAGUGCGUAACCUUUGCAUCCCAUGGAGUGUCAUGUGCGGCUGACUGCAGUUGUCUUCCUGGGAGUAUCUGCAUAUCUUGGGUAUAUUGUAACUGUUAACUUCCUAAUAAUUGCCACGCCACGCUUCCUUCUCUCUUCCUUCCUAACGGCUUCAGGGAAUGCUUCUGUUCCAUUCCAGGUGGUGUAAGGUUUCUUUUCUCUUUUUUUUCCAAUAAAGUCUGUGUGUUUCAAAA